AUGACAACAGAGAAAGCCAAUAACAUUAUCUCAGAAGAAAAACAAUUAAAAUUUGUUUUUUUUGGUUCUGAUGGAUGUGGAAAAAGUAAUUUAAUUAAUGCAUUGGUUGGAUCAAAAUAUGAAGAAAAUAAACCGUCUCAAUUAAUUGACUUUAAAGGUCUAGCAGUAAAAAAAGGAAGUAAGGUUUUAAAAAUUACGUUUUGGGAUACUCCUAGACAAAUUUCUUUUUUUGGACCAACUCCAUAUUAUCGUGGGGCUGAUUUGAUUGGUUUAGUUAUAGACUCUAGUAUUCCUUUUGAACCUAAAAAGAUUAAUGAAUGGUUAACUUUUAUUGAACGUGAUAAUCCUAGCGCUACUAUUCCAAUUAUUCUUAUUUUAUGUAAAGCUGAUAUUGAAAUACCAAACAUAAAAAAAGACCUUAUUAAUUUCUCUACAAAAGAACAUUACCCUUACUUUAUUACAUCAGCAAAAUUACAUACAGGAAUAGAUGAAUUACUAUCAGAUAUGGUAGAACUUGCAUUAAACCGUCCAAUUGAAUUAUCAAUUCCUAUUGAACAACCGAAACAAAAAGAGAGAUGUCAAUGA